AUGAAUAGCAACCGAUUGGUUCACAUCGACCUAAAGGGCGCUCCCUUUCGGCUUCACUAUUGGGAACAAUUGAUUGAGUUCUUGAGCCGCAUUGGCAUCAAUGGCCUACUCAUUGAAUACGAGGAUAUGUUUCCAUACACUCAGUCACUGUCUGAACUCAAAUGUCAAGACUCUUAUAGCGAACAACAGAUUGAGUCCAUCAUAGGAAUGGCCAAUAAGUAUGACAUGAAGAUAAUACCAUUGAUACAGACGUUCGGACACUUGGAGUUUGUCCUCAAACACGACAACUUCCGUGAGUUGCGUGAAGUGAAGACAUAUCCCAACUCUAUUUGUCCCACAAAUGAGCGAUCGUUUGACACGAUUAAAGAGAUGUUGCGGCAAAUGAUAUCAUUGCACCACAAGUGCACCAAAUUAGACAGCAUUCACAUCGGAUGCGAUGAAGUGUGGCAUUUGGGUCAGUGCUCACGAUGUCUGCAAUACUUGAAUGACAAUUGCUAUACCGAUAAGAGUAGGCUUUUUGCAACAUUUGUCACCAAAAUCGCUGAUUAUGUGCGAAAAACUUUCGAUAUUCAUGUAAUCAUUUGGGACGAUAUGAUCAGACAAAUGGAUGAACAAAUGAUCAUUGAAUCCCAAUUGAAUCGGUUGUGCGAACCCAUGGUUUGGCACUAUUUAGACGCCCAGACAUUUAGGUUACGGGACAAACAGUUUUGGUUGAAAUACAAGCAACUGUUUGAACGCAUUUGGAUCGCCAGUGCCUUUAAAGGGGCCGCCAGAAUGAAUCAAAUGUUGCCUCCCGUUCCCUAUCAUAUCAGCAAUCAUUUAGCGUGGAUUCAAGUCAUUGAUGACAACCAGUUGUGGCCCAACAUUGAAGGUCUGGCGCUGACGGGUUGGCAGCGUUUCGACCACAUGACCACUCUUUGCGAACUUUUGCCCAAUUCUAUGAUCUCUCUAUUGAUUCUCUCCGGCGCAUUCACUUCAUACCAGAUAUUGAACAAUAGAACCAAUCCUUUACAUAUCGAGGCAUUCAUAUUAAAGGCCAGAGUACUACUUUUUCGCGUUAGAGAACAGAAACUGAAGUUAGAGACAGAAAUGAAGAAAAUAUUUUACGACACGACUAUCCAUGAAUGGAUUCUUACAAAUGUUGAGCCAAUUGUGAACAAAUUGGAUAAAAUCGUUACAAACGCUGAUCAACAACAUAUUGGCAAUAAAGUCAUGAUUCCGGUUGAUAUCACAAAUAGUACUGAUUUAGAGUCAAUAGAUUCCGAUGUAUAUCCCGGGACAACACUUUUCAAACUAUGCAAUGAAUGGAUUCUCGAGGGCGCAUUCACUUCAUACCAGAUAUUGAACAACAGAACCAAUCCUUUACAUAUCGAGGCAUUCAUAUUAAAGGCCAGAACUACUUUUUCGCUGUCCAAAUUGAAACAAAUCAAACAUAAGGACAGCUCGAUAGAUGUGAUUGAAUUGAAGCAUACAAUGAAUGACUUACAGCUCCAGUGGUUCAGAGCCGGCAGUGCUCUCAACAGAAUGUAUGAACUCAAGAAAUAA